GGGACAGUUCUUCUCCAGCCUUUGCUCCGUUCUCAUUCCACCUGCGCAUUGGCUAGUCUUGGACUGUCGUCGUCAGCAACAAGAAUGCAUUCGGUAGACAGGACAGGGCGUACCUUGCAGUACGAGCUUGGACAUGUGGUACCCAUGCGGGGCGGGCGGCGCUUCGACGCACCCCGCUAGCCAACGUCUGGCGGAUUGAGGCUGAGCGCUUGACACGAAGGGGCGCCAGGCCAUGCAGGUAUAUGUGCUGACCAUGUCUUUGUUUCUCGCUUCCUCAUUCUCCUGCGUCCUCGUUUUGCGCGUGCAGCUUCCGCCGUAGACACACGCGACGAAUAUCGACGUCCGAGUACGCAAAUCAACAUCUGCUGAAACAUGUCUGGAUAUCAAAACCACACUCCCACUCCAAGUGGAGGAGGCUACUAUCCCCCACCGCCAUCUGGAGACGCUCAAGGACAGCAGCAGUACUUUGCGCCUCCGCCAGGCGGCCCACAGUCCUACCCACCACCGCCCGUAUCUCCCCCCGCCCAGGCGCAAGCCCAACACUACCCUCCGCCUGGUGCGCCGCAGAUGCAGUAUGCGCCGCCUCCAGACCACUCGCAGCAGCAGCAUUUCCCCCCGCCUGGGAGUGCACCGCAGCAACAUCAGCCCACUCCUCAGCACCCGCCUGCCCUUCAGCAGCACCAGCCUAUGAACCCGUAUGGCGGCGCAUCGAGUCCGAGCCCGCGUCCAGUUGUCGCACAGCAGCCCUCGAGCCAGCAACAACAUACACUCCAGCAAUCAGCACCACCGCAACAGCAGCAAGUACAAGCGCCACAACAACCGCAAUUUACGGGCGCGGGGAGCACGUCGGCAGAUGAUGUGGGCACAUUCAACGGAGGAAGCUACAGGGUCAGCCAUCGGGAUACAAACAGUAUUCUCACAGUGCAGUUGGCGAUCGGAUGUCCGUUUACUGCCAAACCAGGCGCUAUGAUAGCCAUGACCCCCACCAUAACCCUCAAAGGCUCGCUGAAAUUCUCCUUCAAAAAAGCCCUCGGCGGCGGCGACAUGAACAAAUCAACAUACACCGGCCCCGGCGAGCUGCUACUCGCACCCCCCGCCAUCGGCGACAUCACCAUCAUCAAGCUCGGCGGGCAGGACCAAUGGAGCGUAGGCAAGGACGCGUUCCUAGCGUGCACACAGGGAAUCGUCACCGAGUACAAGAGCCAGGGCAUCGGGAAAGGCAUGCUAAGCGGAGAGGGCUUUUUCGUGUACAAAAUCAGCGGCGUGGGCGUUCUGUGGAUUACCAGUUUUGGCGCGAUUAUUAGGAAGGAUCUCCAAAAAGACGAAAAAUACAUCAUCGACAACGGCCAUCUCGUUGCGUGGAACUGCAAGUAUGUCCUCGAGCGCGUCGCGUCGGGUGGCCUCCUGUCGAAUAUGACGGCGGGUGAGGGGCUGGUGUGUAAGUUUACUGGGCCUGGGUCUGUGUUUAUGCAGACGAGGAAUGCGCAGGCGUUUUCGGCGUGGAUAGCGGGGAAUGCUGUGUAGUGGGUAUUGGUUGGGUGUGAGAUGUGUCGUUGCUGUUUGAUGCAGGAAUAAGCAUUAUUGUCUACAGGGUGGUGGAAGUGAAGUGUUAAUGAAGCGUUCUUUGACUCAUUUUGGAUUUGUGUGAGACUGUAUGAUGGGGGAGCUGGUAUUUACAAACUUCUUAAUCGGAAUCACAGUUCACUAUCAAAGGGGUUCAUUUAACCUCAUUAUUUCAAUCCGAAGUCUAGAG